AUGCAAAGCGGCAGUGGUCACGUAGGCGAUGAAGAAUGGGCCUUCAGGCACACCCAGGGCCCCUACAUAAACCCACCUGUUCCAUUCACUGGGAGGAUCGAAGAAGGUCUCCAGGAUGGACACAAGGUCACCGUCAUGGGGCGUGUUCUUUCCACAGACGAAAACAGGUUUCAAGUGGACUUUCAGAUGGGCACGAGUGACACGGACAACAUUGCCUUCCACUUCAACCCUCGGUUUGAAGAGGGUGGGUAUGUGGUCUGCAACACGAAGCAGUUAGGAAACUGGGGGCCGGAGGAGAAGAAGAUACACAUGCCCUUCCAGAAGGGGAGUCUGUUUGAGAUCUGCUUCAAGGUAGACAGGUCCGCGUUCAAGGUGUCUGUGAACAACAGCACCUUCCUGGAUUAUGCACACCGUGUGCCCUUCGACCAAGUCAACACCAUCUCCAUCAGCGGCUGCGUGCAUGUGUCCUACAUCACCUUCCAGGCAGCCUACCUGAAUGUCAUCUACUGCUCUGCGUCCUCACUCUGA